AUGGAAGGCUACUCCCUGCCUGAGAGCUAUUCGCUUGCUUCCGAGAAAACCAUUCGCAAGACGAGAUCCUUCCAAUCGCUAAGAGACGAGUGGUUGAGCUCUGACGAUACUCUUGGGUCAGAAAACUAUGCAGAUUCGAUCUACAAUGCGGAACGGGUGCUUUCGCAAGAAAGUCUUUCUGAGCACCCCAGGAGCUGCACCACGGCAGCCUCAGAGAGUGACCCGAGUCCUCAAAAGUUGCUUUCUCCCUCUUUAUCGCCUCGAACGCCCCACAGUCAAUGGCCAGCACCCCAGUUGAGUACGAUCAUCGAACAGAACAGCAUUCAAACCCUUCGGCCCUCACAAUCUGCACCUCGGCUACGCCCCAGCCCCAAGAAAUGUCCAACUGUCGUUCAUUCCAAGGAGUCAAUCCACUCCCUCUAUGCCAGUCUUCGCCCCAAAGGGAGCAGGGGGAUUGCAGUGAGGACCACAUUGUACCAGAAUCGUUCCUUCUCGGUCAAUGAUCUAGAUCACAUGCUCAGAGAUACUGUGACAGUGUCUGCCGAUCCCCAAUCAUCAUCAACUUCCGAUGGGGCAAUCGAUCGUACUCAACUCCCUCAAUACCCCGUUCAACCACCUCGAACUCCACCAUACAGAGCUCCAACACCUCCCGGUCUGCCAUCCUUCGGCUCCCAGGAAGCACAGGCGUUCAGAUUGACCCCUCCUCCACCCAGGUCAUUCUGGUCACGUAUCUGGAGGCAGCAGUCGAAUGAAGUCAAUAGUGAUCAAACGCAGGCUACCACCCCAGUGGCAUCACCUGCAGCGGCGUCCCUUCCCUUGUCACCUCAAAUAGCACCCACGCCCUCAUCUAUGGAGCUUUUCAAGCGCACAUUAGCCAUGAUUGGGAUGUCUCGAGUUGUCACUGCCCCGUCCAAUAUUCCUGCGAACCCUAGAGCCUUUCUGCCGCCGGGAAUCUAUAUCUCCGCGACGCCCGGAUCACUCACCCAGGCCGAAGAUGGUACCUUUAUGAGGGGGAGAUUUUAUUCCAGGGCCAGUGGGCAUGGAGUCGGCAGCAGAACUCUAGAGUCGCACCCUCUUAUCAGAAGAGCGCAAAGUGAUCGUUUGAGCGAAAUCGAAGAACAAGUCAGAGCCAUUGAUAAAGCACACCAAAGGGCGGAAAGAGAAGCACUUGAGCUUCAAUCAAUAUCAUGCCAUUCCCCAGGUCCAGCACGGAUGACAACAGAGUCGCCGAGACAGUCUGAUACUGGCGCAACAAGCAUUCCGACUGUGAUGACUGAGCCUGUGCCUGCUCAAAGCAGUGUUGAAAGGGGCGCCGCGUUACCCAGCAUAAUUGAAGCAGACAGGGAGCGGGGCAUGUUGCGUACGGGCAUCGAGGAGCCAAAAGAGAGGAGAGUAGACUGGGGGAGAAUAUGUUAUGCCAUGAGUUGUUGCCAGAGUUUCUGGUUCUGGUGUUGCUGUGGUUGCGACCACGACCCUGAUCCUGAUCCUGGUGAUCGCGACCAUGUGAUAGGCGGGCGCACUCUCUCCGGACAAACACAUUUAUACCAGCAUUGA